AUGCGGAAAUUAGACACUGAAUCUGAGAUUCGGGUUAUUCUUGCAACAGAAGCACUUGGAGUGGGCGUCAACUUGCCCGAUAUUCGUCGAUCAGUCUUAUAUGGUCUUCCUAAGAAUCUUUUACUGGCGACAUUUCUCCAACGAGGAGGUCAAACAUGUCGUGAUGGCGGCAAGGGAGAGAUCAUACUCUUAGUUGAUGCUUGGACUGUUGGUGAAAGGAUUAUCUCAUCUACUAUUCAGCAAGUCUCAAUUGUCGACAAAAUACCACCCAAAAAGAAAUCAUCAGAUAAAGAGCGGCGCUCCAAGUUACCACAGCUUUGGUAUGAUACUGCCAAUCAAAUACAAUGUAUACAACGGGGCUUUCUGAGAUUCUUCGAGGAACCAGAGGGCUACUGGAUAGUCAAGAAAGACCAGUGCUGCAACCACUGUAAUCCCACGCUAAGGAUCGAUGAUAUUGACAGCACUAAGUACUAUGUCUAUCAUGAACGAGGUCCGCAGUUUGGCAAGAUUCAGAAAGCUGUUCACAAGGAUUUACAGGCAUGGGCUACAGAACAAGUGCAUACAUUAUCUAAAGACUUUGCAUUUACACCAACAGCAGGCUGUCUUUUGCGGAAUGACAUGUGCAUAUUACUAGCCCGAAAUGCAUAUUUGAUAUUUACCAGCUCUGCUCUCAAGACAAUUCUUAGACCAUAG